AUGUCUACCCAACCGCUUCUCCAGACUGCCCCGGGCAAGCGCAUCGCUCUCCCUACGCGCGUCGAGCCCAAAGUCUUUUUCGCAAACGAGCGCACCUUCCUUUCAUGGCUCAACUUCACCGUCAUCCUCGGCGGCCUCGCGAUUGGCCUACUCAACUUCGGCGACAAGAUUGGCAAGAUUUCCGCCGGCCUCUUCACCCUCGUUGCCAUGAUGGCCAUGAUCUACGCCCUCUUCACCUUCCACUGGCGCGCAAGGAGCAUAAGACUUAGGGGCCAGGGCGGCUUCGACGACAGGCUGGGUCCCACCAUUUUGACCAUUGCCCUGUUUGCCGCCGUCAUUGUCAACUUCGUGCUGAGAUUGACAAUGGGUAAUGAGCAACAUCAUGGCAAGAACUAG